CAAGAAAGUGUUAUAUUUUUCUAAAGCUGGUGUACAUCUCUGGCGCUGAAAGGAAGAGUGAAAAGUAAUUCUCAUACAUUUGCAAGACAUCUGAGUUGAAACUGGCCAUGGCAGCUACGCGUUUACGUGGUUCUGUGCUUUUGAGAUUCGGUCUUUUGUUAAUGCUAUUUUUGAAUUUUUAUGCUUUUGAACAAAGGCAAAGUCUGUGCUAUGAAGGACCAAAAGAAGAUCAUCGUUUGAACACCACAGUGGCAAAAUAUGUGCACGCUUUGACGGGAGGAGAAUGUAUUUUAUUUUGCAUGCGUGACGAUGAGUCGUGUAGAGCAAUUAACUUCAAUAAAUCCUCGACGUCUGAAAAAAAUUGCGAAUUCCUCAAAGAUACCGCCUCAGAAAUGUCGCAAGAUGAUUUACACAAAGAUGAAGACUAUGAUUACUACACAUUACUCAGUCCCACCAGGAACCCUCCGUAUGUUUCUUCAAGCGCCAAGUCGAUACAGACUACACGAGAAGGACAAACAGUUUCAUCUCCAACAUGUUCGAAUGUAACAAAAUCUGGUUCUAGUGUGAAAUGUGGCGAAAAUAACCAACACUUUGUCAAAAAGAUAUUUCGAAAACCCGGCAGCGAAGAACGUAAACUUGAAUGUUGUAGCUCGUUAUUAGCCUUCAGCAACCAUAGCUGGGAGUGCGAUAAGACAACAAAUAAAAUCACGGAUCGAAAGAAAAACAAGUGGCUAAAUUGCUCUGAAAAUACCUAUUUACAUGGUUUGGCAACCAAUGAAAAAAGUGGCGAUUGUUGUGGCUCACCAAAAAUUGGAUAUGGAUCAAGUUGUCACUAUGAAAAAAUUACUUUUAAGCACGAUAAAUAUUGUUCAAGUGUUGACGAGUUUAUUGUUGGGUUUUAUCGCAUGGAGAAUAAGAUUGAAAAAUUACGAUGCUGUAAAAUGGUUUUAAGUGCAUGAUGGUUCUCAGUAGAAAUUAAACAUAUUCCCAAAUAUUAUUUAAAAUACCGGGAAAUAGUAUUUUAAGUCAUAAAGACACAAAUUUGUGUUAGUUGAGGGAUUCCACAAAAUCCUACAAAAAUUUUAUCAACUCGAGCAUGGUAAAAUAUCUAGUGCAUUCUUUUGACAUG